AUGGGUCGCAGCGCAAAAGUGCACAAACGAGUAGCCAAGAAAAUCAAAACCAGCUCAAAUACCCCAUCUCAGUAUCCAACGCAGACUGAGCAGCAGCUGCAGUUGCAGGCUUCGAAAAAGAAAGCGACACUCAAGGAGAAGACCAAACAGGUUGCAAAGAGCACGAAUACUUCACAGCCUGUACGAAAGGAAGGAGAACAUGUCCUCGGAGGAGUAGAUUAUGUUUCACUGUUGAUGGGCGGGAGGAAGAAAGCCAGAGAGGAAGGUGGCAAGCUAUCUCGAGGAGAUUAA